CUCUCUUCUUCCAGUUGGCUCUUCCACUUCCGCCCUCCCAUCAGCGCAAUCGCCGCCGAUUCCCCCCGUCCAAUCUGCCUUCGCCAGUUCCCCCAUCGCAAGGAGUGCAGCCAAUGUCUUUUGAUCUCAACAACGAGCAUCCAUCAAUUAUUCGAUUGUUUUGUUUUAUGAACCGAGGUAGGCUCUGGUGUUUGCGGAGGAUCUUGUUCCGUCAUUGGACUUGAGGAGACGUGCUGCUUGGUUUCAAAAAACUAUACUUUAUUUUCUUCGCAUCUUGUGAGGAAUUUCCACAUUGGGAUUUAAGGUUAUUGUUAGAUAGUUGAGACGUGUAUAUUGUAAAUGGGGAAAGGGAAAUCAUUGUUGCCUCCUGGUUUUCGGUUUUCUCCAACUGAUGUAGAGCUUGUACAAUAUUAUUUGAAGAGGAAAGUAAUGGGGAAAAGACUCCGUUAUAACUUCGUUGCAGAGGUUGACAUUCAUAAGUACGCUCCUUGGGAUCUUCCAGACAAAUCUAGUUGGCAAAGUGGAGAUUUAAAAUGGUACUUCUUUUGUCCGACAGAAAGGAAGUACCCAACUGGGGCUAGAACGAAACGUACAACUGAAUGUGGUUACUGGAAGGCCACAGGAAAUGACAGAUCUGUUCUUUACAAUGGUGAAGUUGCGGGCAAGAUAAAAACAUUGGUUUUUCAUACAGGUCGAGCUCCAAAAAGAGACCGAACAGACUGGGUUAUGCAUGAGUAUAGGCUUGAAUCUAAGGACCUAGCUAAUCGUGGUGUGCCUCAGGAAUCGUAUGUGCUCUGUACCAUUUCAAAAAGAAGGGCCAGGGCCAGAAAUGGUGCACAAUAUGGUGCGCCCCUUAUGGAGGAAGACUGGAGUGAUGAUGAGGCUGAAAAUUGUUCAGAAGCAGUCCCACAUGCAAAUAUGCCUGUACCAAACCUUGUUCUGCCGAGUGACUACAAUAGUUCCAUCACUACUAGCACGUACACCCAUGAUGGUAUACGCAUAGGUCCUUCAUCUGAAUCGUGUAUAUCAGAUGUUGUACCACUUUCUUGCAAUGUUUCCCAACUGGUUUCCAGCAAUCAUGCUACAGUGGAGGAGCCUCAUACUUCUGAGGAUGAUAUCCUGUCAAUGUUGGCUUGCUUCUCAGAAGAAAGCCCUUCAUUAUUUGAAGAAAACGAAAAAAAUAAGGAGGUUGGUAAUGCCAUUCCUGUUGGAAAUGCUAGUGCAACGCCUCAUCUCGUUAUUAAUGAUAUGUAUGACAAUUUAGGAGAUUUGGGCAAGGCAGCAAGAGUCGGUGAAGAAGGAUGUAGUUUCUCCAGUUUGCCAAAUUCUGUUUGUGCUCCGGGUCAAAUCCCACUAGGUGACCAUGAGCAAUAUUUGGAGCUGGAUGAUCUUGGCGAACCAUUGAAUUACCGUGAUUCUACAUACACUCAGCCUCCUUCUAUGUUCGGUCAGCCUCAUGCUUCGCUGGGAGAGACAUCUUUUCAGGGUGAAGACCAGUUGAACGUGUUUGAUAACGUGAACUUCUGAAGUUAUUAUUGCACUCCAGUCUUUCAAACCAAACUUGUUAAAACGGUUUCGCUAACUUUCAGAAGUUCACCUUCUCAAACACAAACUUUGAGUUAAUUCUGCACUUUCUUUUUCGUUGUUACGACAGAGCAGUAGUAAAUCCUAAUUCACUAGUUGGGUGUUGGAUUUGAAUCGCGUCACCAUGUUGUACAAAAAUUGUGACAUGGUAUGACCAAUGAUUGCUUAGUAAUUUAACAUGUUAUAACUAAUUCACUUGUGCUAUAACAAUUUUUGUUUCCUA